CAACGCCCGACAUGGAUGGAUCAUUUACUUUCUGUAGAGCUCAGAAAUCUUGACGGCGUCAGUUACAGCAAGCGGCAGCCUCGAGGACGGGACAGCAUGGAGCAGAAGGCACAACAGCGGACUCGAGUCCCAAAAGUGAAGCUUGGGACACAAGGACUGGAGGUUUCAAAGUUGGGUUUUGGUUGCUCGGGUCUCUCGGGGAUAUUCAACGAUCCUCUGUCCUACGAAGAAGGUGCUGCCAUCGUCAUUGAUGCCUUCCAUAACGGGGUGACGUUCUUCGACACUUCUGAUGCCUAUGGCAACGGACACAAUGAAAACCUUAUUGGGCAGGCUCUGAAGCAUCUGCCAAGAGAAAAAGUGCAGAUAGCAAGCAAGUUCGGCAUUGCUGGUUUCGAGGACGGCCGGCUGCUGAUCAAUGGCUUGCCGGAAUAUGCUCGCAAAUGCUGUGAAGGCAGUCUCCAACGCCUCGGUGUUGAUUACAUCGAUCUGUACUUUCCUCACCGAGUGGACACAACAGUGCCGAUAGAGCAUACUAUGCAUGAACUGAAGAAAUUAGUGGAGGAAGGGAAGAUCAAGUACAUCGGCCUGUGCGAAGCAAGUCCCGACACGAUAAGGCGUGCGCAUGCUGUGCAUCCCAUCUCUGCUGUGCAGAUGGAGUGGUCGCUGUGGACUCGUGAUAUCGAGGAUGAGAUAAUUCCCCUUUGCCGAGAGCUUGGUAUUGGAGUAAUUGCAUAUAGCCCUCUUGGACACGGUUUCUUUGCUGGAAGAGCAGGCACAGAAGGAUUACCUGAAGGGAGCAUAGUGGCCCUCAAUCCCAGGUUCAAUGGGGAGAAUGCUGACAAGAAUAAGAAACUGUUCGUGCGAGUCACCAAACUGGCUGAGAAGCACGGGUGCACUCCCCCCCAGCUAGCUCUGGCUUGGGUUCUCCACCAAGGAGAAGACGUGGUGCCUAUUCCAGGUACGACAAAGGUUAAGCACCUGGAUGCCAAUAUCGCCUCCCUUGAUGUGAAGCUAAGUGAAGAGGAGUUGAAAGAGGUUUCUGAUGCGAUGCCGGUGGAUGAGAUUGGUGGGGAGAGGGACAUCGAGCUCUUCACCAGUUGCUCAUGGAAGUUUGCUAAUACACCACUUCCUGCCACCCCACUUGAAUAAAUCAGCUGAGGAAAUGUCAGUGAAGAAAGCACUCAAGUUCUCUAGCAGAUAAGACUUUCUCAGCUGAUCACACUUGUUCCUACCAGUCCUGUCAAAAACUGAAUAAACUUUCAGAAUGAUGGUGUGUUUGCAUAAAUCCGUUGGUCCUGAGAGGCAAUGAAUGAUUUUAUUUCUUCAA